UCAACAGAUAAUGACACAAAUCGAUACAACUAAAAAAUUCUAAAUUGAUAAAUGAUCACAAAUUGACAGCUACAGGAAGAAAAAGAAUUUCCGUUGUGCUUUCGGUUCUCCCAAUUAUACAAAUUUUAACUUGCCAUCAGAUAAGCUGCACACAAACUAUUAAGCAUGAUUGCUGCUGAGAGUGGUUUUAGAGGUUUCAUCUUGCUUAUAGUCGGUAUCAGCCAUGCAUCGACUAAGUACAGUCCGAAAACGUCUUCAAUUUCAAACACCAUAUAUGUUGAUUAUUCCAAGAGAAAUUUGACAGAAAUACCCAGAAAUAUUCCACGUAACAGUACAAUGUUAGACUUUCACAGGAAUAUAAUAACUGACAUUCCAUCAAAUAUUUUCCGAAACAUGUCGGACGUUACAUGGAUGGAUUUAUCCCAGAAUUGGUUGAACCAAAUUAGAAACGAAUCUUUUGCUGGUCUAAACAACUUAACAACACUGAAUGUGAGCCAUAACCACCUACACAUUUCAGACCUUGAACACAAUGCUUUUGUUCCUAUACAGCAGCUGAGGACUUUGCGUAUUGAUCAUUUAAAGUUUCCACCAAGGAGCAAGUUUCCAGAGCAACUUGUUAACAUUAAACAACUUGAAAUCUUGGAACUAGCCGCUUUCAUUGGCAUGACAUUUGAUGAAAGAUUCAAAUCCUGGACAUGUUUGCAUACAUUUAUCUCAAAAAGUUCAUAUGGGCUUCAUUUGCAAAACUAUACGUUUGCAGGUUUAGCAAACUCUCCACUAAGGACUCUUUCAAUAAAGAUUAAACAAGCUGACGAUGACGCUUUGGAACACCUGCCAAAUUUACAAAUUUUAAAUUUAUAUUUUGGAAUUGCAACAUUGCAAAAUACAAUAGAAAAUUCGUUUAAAAUGGUGUCAAACUUCACAAUUUUAACUAGGAUACUAAUGCAAAGAGUUAAUGCCAGAGCGUACAUCUUUAUCGUAACUGGUAAAUAUCUGCAUUAUUUCGAAAACAUAUGUCUGAAAGAACUUGUCUUUAGACACAUGUAUUUAGCAGAUAUUGAUGGUACAAGCUUUAAGGAAUUUGCUAUCAAUUCUGUUUGCCUUGAAAGUCUUGAGGUUUCAGGAAAUAUUGGUUCUCCAUGGAUAACACUUUUAGUCUUAUUCAAAAAUUUGAAGCAUCUGAAACUAUCAUCGAUCGAAAACAACGCAUUUUUAAAACAAGUGCGCAUGCUCCCUGCAAUGUAUCUUAGCCUGCCAAAAACCUUAGAAACCAUUGAUUUACAAGAUAUCAAUCUUAAAAUGCCGUUACCAAAUAUAACAUUUAUAAACGGAGAUAACGUUUGGUUCCUCACGUGUAGAGCGUUCACCUUAAUUGAAUGUAACGGGUCAUUACGUGGUUUGAAGAAUUUACGGUAUCUAGAUGUUUCAGAAAAUCGUUGCGGUAAUAUGAUAAAUGAGUACAUUUUUCAAAAUUUUUCAAAACUUGAGUAUUUAAUAGCAACACAUUCCGACCUUGGAACGGCAUUCAGAAAUAAUAAACGAUUGGACAUUUUACUUAAACCUCUAAAAAAUCUCAAACAUUUAGAUAUUUCUUAUAACAAUUUUAGAAUUGCUGACAUUGCCAACUUAGACUUACAGAAUCAAUACAAUGUAUUACAUUCCUUCAAUGGUUCUAACAAUGGUUUUAAUCAAGUUCCGUCUGUUUUCCGGCAUUUCAGAAAUUUGUCUUUUAUUGAUAUUUCCUACAAUAACUUAUCUACUUUCAACCGUGGCGAAAGAGAUAUAAUUGACUCUUUGAUUGGUAAAGCAAAAGUGGUUUUGGUAGGUAAUCCCUUUAAAUGUUCGUGUUCAAAUUUAGAUUUUCUAAAAUGGGCUAAACAAACAAAAGCUAGUUAUUUCGGACAUCUUUAUUGUCAACUAGAAAGCGGUGAAAACACAACAUUUUCUGAUCUUUUUGUAUAUCUGGAUCGUUUUGAAAACCGUUGCCAUGACAAGAUAUGGUUGAUAUUCUCGUUAUCAUUCACAACACUUGUUGUAAUACUUGUGGUAUUCGUUGUCAUUUAUCUUCGCUACAGAUCUGCAUUUCAAUAUUUCUAUCUCAGAAUUAAACUGAGAUUAAAACGAUACGAGGAACUGGACGGUGAUUCUUACCUGUACGAUGUCUUUAUAUGUUACAACCAUAACGAUGUUCCCUGGGUUGUUAAUUUCAAUCGCAGACUUACUGCUGAAAACUUCAAGACGUGCCUUGACGCUAAAGAUUUUAUUGCUGGAGAGGCCAUCGCUGAAAACAUUUUACGUGCUAUUGAUAGUAGCAGGAAAAUUAUCUUUAUUAUCACCGAACAUUUUCUCCAGAGUACCUGGGGUAACUACGAAAUGGAGUUAACCCGGAUGCAUGCUUUCCAGGAAGGGCGGGAAAACAUGGUCAUUGUGAUAAUGAAGGAUGACUUAUCAAUUCAUCAAAUGCCUAAAGUUCUGAAAAGAUUUUGGUAUAAAGUUACAUGCAUAAAGUGGUAUGACCAAGGAAUACAACCAUUUCAAACAGAAGAAAUAUUUUAUGAAAAUGUGUUCAGUUCACUUUCUAUUGCAUAAGUUCUACAUGUAACUAGAUUGUUUGGAAUAUUAGUUCACGUGUUAAAAUACAAAAUCAAAUAUACAAUGUUCUAGAUGAUCUCCAACUUCGCUUGACAUAUUAACCGAAUACUU